UAACAUAUAUGCAAGACUAUAUUCAGUGAGCUGCGCCGCUCGCCGGUAGGAGCAGAAUGACCGUUUCGGAAGGGUGCCUUCUGGCCGCAGUGCUGGUCGCAGCAGCUUCUCUCGUCGAUGCUGAAUACUUUCCCAGAGUGGGAAUCGACUCCGGAUUUGUGGUGGGCACGAGAGUACAAGCCGAUGGAACCGAGGUGGACGCUUUCCUCGGAAUACCGUACGCGGAGCCUCCAAUGGGCGAGCUUCGUUUCAGGAGACCUCGGCCCGUUGCUCCGUGGGAAGGCACGUACAACGCGACAACAAAGCCACGCGCCUGCCGGCAGGUGCCAUUCGACUUGCUCGGUCCUCUGGCGCUCGACUAUUCAGGUGCGUCAGAGGACUGCCUGUACGCAAACGUGUGGCGGCCAGCCAGGCGCCAGAAGUGCGCAGCUGCGCGGGAAAGCAGCGCUUGCAGCAAUGUGUUGCUUCCCACGGUUGUUUUCAUCCACGGCGGCGCAUUCCAGUGGGGUGACUCGGCGCUGUUUCUUUACGACCCGGCAAACUUUGUCGCCCUCACGGGUGACGUCGUAUUUGUGACGUUCAAUUAUAGGGUCAGCAUGUUUGGCUUCUUGGACACCGGCGAUCCUAAGCGAGCGUCUGGAGGCAACUUAGGCUUAUGGGACCAAAAUCUCUUGCUCAAGUGGGUGCAGAGUAAUAUCGCCUACUUUGGAGGUGAUCCCAAGAGAGUAACCUUGUGGGGGCAGAGUGCUGGCGCCAUGUCAGUAGCACUGCAUGCGCAAUCUCCUCACAGCGCAGGUCUUUUUCAGAAGGUCAUAAUGCAGAGCGGCGCCCCUUUCUCCCUGGUUCUGAACAGAGUAUUCAACACGCGGGAAAACUUUAAGAGCAUAGUGUCGAUGUUGCGCUGCUACGAUGCUACUAAAGAAGGUGCAGGCGACACGCUACGCGAUGUCAUGUACUGUCUCCGAAGAGCUGAAGCCUCAAGCGUGUUCGAUAGAAUAGAGUCAACCCCGAUUCUUCAAAGGUGGUUCGUUCCUAUCGAAAACGACACUUUCUUUCCUGAACCAUUUAUGUCCCCAAGUUCGUGGAAACCAUUCGGAGUUCGGGAUGUUCUUAUUGGCACAACGGCGAACGAGGGCACCAUGUUCUACAACAUGGUACUCAGUGCAUUUCCAAGACUUUCAGACGCUCAACCUGAUGAGUACAGAAUGCUAGCAACCGUCGCACUGUCAAACAUGUUUGGGAUGCCGUUAUCACAAGCGAGGUCGCUCGCGGACUUCUAUUUCGGCAAGGACGAUGCCGGUCGUACCUACGAGCAAGCCAGGGACACUACAGCUGAACUCGUAGGGGACGCAUUCAUCGACUGCCCCACCGAAUCGUUCUCUCAGUCAGCUGCGGCGAAUGGUGUUCGCGUCUACAGGUACUUAUUCGCUCACGAGGCUUCCCACAGUUUCGUGCCAGCGUGGAUGGGCGUGGCGCACGCUGCAGAUCUGUUGUACACGUUGGGAUCGCUGCCAUUUAUGAAGGACGAAGGUCGCUACACGGAACCCUUAGGCAAAGUAGGAAAGAGGUUUCUGCAGACGCAAGACUACACGAAGGAAGAAGAAAAGCUGAUGAAAGAGAUGGUCCAAGCCUUCGCCCACUUUAUACGGAAGGACAAACCAGAGCUUGCGGCAGCAGGGCUGGAGUGGCCGGCAUACACGGCGGAAGAUCGUCGGCUCAUCGCUGUUAAGUCGCACAAUUAUUCCAUCAUUCAAAUGUCGAAGACGGAUGUUUGCGAUUUGUGGAAGAGGGCUGUCGUAAAAAGUGAUGGAAGCAAGAAAAGACCCGCUGUAGCACCAACAGAGCCAGAGAAUUCCCUGCCUUCGAAGAAAAGGCGAUCAGGAGUGACUUCUUCCGCAUCAGGAUCGUCUAUUACAAUGCCAUGGGAGCUGUUCACUGUUCUCAUCGCAUUUUGUUUAAUUUAGGCCAUAAAUUUCUAAGGCGUUACGCCAAAGAGUGUGCUCAAUUUGUUCUGUGAAUGAAACGGGAGCCAUUUGUUUCAGGUAACCUUAAGUGCCUCAUCAAACGCUGACCUACGGAGACACACGUGACCGCUCAAGCGUCACCUUACAAAACAAG